ACCAGUACACACACAGACACUCACAUACGUGAUAAACUUGGCGGUAAUAUACAUGCAUGUGCAAGAAAUACCGUUUUUGAAAAAUUGCGAAUCGGCGAUGUAGCUGAAGAUGUUCUAGAGGUGCAAGGACUCGACGCUUCCAAUUCUCCCACGCACCGCCAAGUCGAAUCUCGCGCCCGCUUGGAUUCACUUUCACUGGUUCAUCCCAGGCCCUAUAUAAAUAUGUUGUGGCAUAUAUUUUGCACUUUAGAAAUCUUCUUCACUCUUUAGUGCUUUUGAUAGUUGUAGGAACAUGUGGUUUUCGUUUAACGUGAUUAAAUCUACAUUGAUAUGUCUCCUUAUAAGUAGACUUAAUGCGGAACCUCCAGUAGGAUAUCCCUCAGGAAGGCCUGGAGGGGGUUAUCUUCCACCGGACUUAUCAGGAGGAGGCGGUGGUACAUCAGGGGGAAGGUAUUCUCCCCCAUCAACCAGUUAUGGGACGCCUGCGGGUCCUUCAUCAUCCUACAAUACCCCCGGUGCUUCUGCUCCCUCUCAGUCUUACGGAGCACCAUCUGGUGGAACUCCAUCCCAAAGUUAUGGAGCACCAUCUGGUGGAACUCCAUCCCAAAGUUACGGAGCACCAUCUGGUGGAGCACCUUCUGGUGGAUUUGGAGGAAGGACGCCAUCAUCCUCUUACGGCGCACCGUCUGGUCAGGGAGGCUUUGGAGGUGGUUCUGCAGCUGGAGCACCUAGCGGAUUAUAUGGUGCUCCUGCUUCUAGAGGAGGUGGUAGAUCACAGGGUGGUUUUGGUAGCAAUGCUGGUCCGUCAUCUUCUUACGGCGCACCGUCAGGAAGAGGUCAGGGUGGUUUUGGAGGCAGUGCUCCUUCUCAGUCUUAUGGUGCUCCUACAGGAGGAUCAGCUCCUUCAUCAUCAUAUGGUGCUCCAACCGGAGGUUUCGCGGGGUCUGCUCCUUCCUCAUCGUAUGGAGCUCCAUUGGGUGGAGGUCAAAGCAGUGGUGGAGGAGGUGGUGCACCCUCGUCUUCGUACGGAGCUCCAUCAGGAGGUCAAGCUGGAUUUGGAGGAAGUGGUCCGUCUUCAAGUUACGGUGCUCCUGGUGCAUCUUCAGGCGGAUUUGGAGGGUCUACACCAUCCUCUAGUUAUGGUGCGCCAAGUGGUCCAUCAGCAGGAAUUGGCGGCGGUGCUCCUUCGUCCAGUUAUGGCGCACCAAGUGGAAGACCUUCAUCAAGCUAUGGUGCUCCAGGUUCAUCUGGUGGAUUUGGUGGAAGAACGCCAUCGUCAAAUUACGGAGCACCAGGAGGUUCGUCUGGCGGAUUUGGUGGAAAAACUUCUUCAUCAGGCUAUAGCGCAUCGGGAAGUUCGUCUGGUGGAUUUGGUGGACGAACACCUUCUUCUGGUUAUGGAGCCCCUAGUGGUUCGUCCGGUGGAUUUGGCGGAAGUGCCCCUUCUUCAAGCUAUGGCGCACCAGGAGGAUCAUCUGGCGGACAAGCACCUUCAUCAAGCUAUGGUGCACCAGGAGGUUCAUCUGGCGGAUUUGGAGGACAAGCACCUUCAUCAAACUACGGUGCACCAGGAAGUUCAUCUGGUGGAUUUGGCGGACAGGCACCUUCAUCAAGCUAUGGUGCACCAGGGGGGUCAUCUGGCGGAUUUGGAGGACGAACGCCUUCAUCUAGCUAUGGUGCUCCAGGAGGUUCGGCAGGUGGUUCGUCAGGUGGAUUUAGUGGACGAACACCUUCUUCUAGUUAUGGGGCUCCUAGCGGUUCGUCUGGGGGAUUUGGUGGUAGUGCACCAUCUUCAAGUUAUGGCGCACCAGGAAGUUCUUUCGGUGGAUUUGGUAGGCAAACACCUUCAUCAAGCUAUGGUGCACCAGGGGGUUCAUCUGGUGGAUUUGGCGGACAAGCACCUUCAUCAAGCUACGGUGCACCAGGUGGGUCAUCUGGUGGAUUUGGCGGACGAACGCCGUCAUCUAGCUAUGGUGCUCCAGGGGGUUCGGCAGGUGGUUCAUCAGGCGGAUUUGGUGGACGAACGCCUUCUUCCAGUUAUGGCGCCCCAAGUAGUUCCUCCGGAGGUUUCGGAGGUGCUGCACCUUCUUCAAGCUAUGGAGCUCCAGGUGGUUCUUCCGGUGGAUUCGGAGGUGCUGCACCUUCUUCAAGUUAUGGUGCUCCUUCUGGUGGUUUCGGUAGUGGGGCACCAUCUUCUACUUAUGGUGCUCCAAGUGGCUCAUCUGGAGGCCAAGGCGGCGGAUUUGGUGGAUCUCCAUCGCAGAGUUACGGAGCACCAUCCGGUUCAGGUGGGCAAACCUAUGCUGCCAAUGGUGGUUACAGCUACUAAGAAAAUUUUAAUAUCAUUUUACCUAUUACGUGUACAUUUUAUUAAAUAAAUUUUUUUACAA